AUGUCUUCGUCUAGUCCAGCUUCUCCGCCUGCCAAUUCUAGUCAUUCGGGUAAAAACGAACCCGAACAGGCUCCAAGAGCACCUCACGAUAUAACUCUUAGUCGUCUUGCUAAUGGUAACGCAGGGAACCAGAAUCAUUACCAAGAAACUUCAAAUGGUAAUGCAAAUGAAGUUAGCAAUCUCUCUGCCUUAGCAAAAGAGUUUGUGCCUAAAAGCGAUCCUUCAUGUAUUCCUAGCCUUAAGAAGGAGAAAAAACUCUCAGCCUCAGCUAAGGAGUUUGUGCCCAGGUAUAUACACAUGGUCUCAGAUGAGGAUUUGUCUCAGUACAGUUCAUUUGCUCAGUUGUCUAUGUGCCCUGCUCACCUCAGUAGUUCAAACUCCUUGAGCGAAAAUCCAGUUGAUGCAUUUAAAACUGCCAUUUUCCACCUGAGAACCCAACCUGGAAAUCUUGAUGAUUACAUGAAGCCUGUGGCAGACCUUCUCGAGAGAAAGUAUGUUGACACAUACCUACUCAAUGAAAUUGUGGAAAUACUUUUUGAAGAAAGUAUAACUGUACCAAAUUUUCGGUAUACAGGUGCCCGGAUAUGUAAAUACUUGUCCCAAUUAGAAAAAAUUGGCGUUGAAUUCAGGACUGUUUUGCUCAAAAGAUGUCAAAAAGAACAUUCAGAAAAAGAGAAGUUGAUAUCAGAUGAAAAGACCAUCCCAAGGCUUUGUGGCUUUUCUUUAUUCCUUGCUGAACUUUUUCUUUUGUUAGAGGUGGAAAUCACUGGCAUCAGUGAGAAAUACGCACCUUUAAGAAAUGCCCUCCAUUCCUUAUUGGAACUGCUCUUGAAAAACAGUAAUAACCAAACCGUGAAAUGUGCCACUCAACUUAUGAAGCUUGCAGGUGCCACCAUUGAAGAGACAAAACUUCUUGAAAAUAAAACCCAGCAAUCAUUUGCAGACAUAUAUGAAAUGUUGAGUGAACUUAAAGAAUCGCCUAAAUUAGACAAGACUUCUCACCUCCUCAUCAACUCUGUAUUGAACCUGAAAGCCAAGAACUUUGACUGUGUGGAAUCUGCUGCACAGCCUAAUGUCAGUGCCUCUCCUGCUGCUGCAGAACUUGCGGCUGCUAUGGCAGCAACUGAUCUCCCUAAUGAACCUGUCUUUUUCAAUGAGAAAGGCCAGCAAAUAAGCCGAGUGGAGGCUGGUUACUCUCUGGAAGAUGACUUGUCUCUUCUCAUAGAAGAAGUUGAUCUUGAUGCUGCUGAUCAACUUGAUGAAGAAUAUUAUGAUGAAGUCUGCCUGUCUCUCUCCCCGCCCCGUCUGCCUGCCUCUCUGCCUGCCUGGUCUGCCUCUGUCUCCUUUCAUCGCCCCCCUGGUCUGCCUGUCCCUCUGUCUCCUUUCAUCCCCCCCCAGUCUGCCUCCGUCUCUGCCUGCCUUUCAUCCCUCUCUGUCUGCCUUUCAUCGCCUCCGUCUCUGCCUGCCUUUCAUCGCCUCCGUCUCUGCCUGCCUUUCAUCGCCUCCGUCUCUGCCUGCCUUUCAUCGCCUCCGUCUCUGCCUGCCUUUCAUCGCCACCGUCUCUGCCUGCCUUUCAUCGCCACCGUCUCUGCCUGCCUUUCAUCGCCUCCGUCUCUGCCUGCCUUUCAUCGCCUCCGUCUCUGCCUGCCUUUCAUCGCCUCCGUCUCUGUCUGCGUCUCUGUCUAUUUCUAUUCCCUCUAG